AUGAAAUAUUUCACAACAAAUAGAUCAUUACAAACAACAACUAUUAAGAGUAUUAUUGGUUUAAUUUUAUUCGCGCUAGUUUCUGUAUUUGGUUUUCUCCUUGGUUCAAGUUUCAAUGAAGCGAACAGUAAAAUACACCUCAUAUUUUCAUCAGAUAUAAAAUUAGAUCCAAGAUCAUCAACAAAUAAUCAACAAUCGAUAAAAUCAUCUUCUCGUGAAUAUAAUUCCACACAUCUUUGGUCAAUGCGUUUAGCUAAUGAAGAUUAUUUUCGUCUAGCACGUCUUUUACCAUGUCGUAUUGUUGAAUAUGUCGGUGGACCAAAUGUCAAUAAAAUUGAUUCAUGUGAUCAUUCAUCAACAAAUGAAUUUUCAAUACAGAAUACAUUACAAGCUCAAAAGUGGCUUUAUGAACAUCAACAUCCAAUGGAUUGUAUGAAUAAACGUUUUGCUAUUAUUCAAAAUUUUGCUUGGUCCGGUUUUGGAUCUACUUUUCAUCAAAUUGUAUGGGCCUUUGGUGCGGCAAUAGCGGAUAAUAGAAUUGCCGUGUAUCAAACCCCAGGAAAUUGGCUUUAUGGAACUUGUGAUUUAAGGACACCUGAUUGUAUUUUUCUUCCUAUAACUAAUUGCUCUAUUCUAUCAAAAGUCGAUAGUAAUCAAACAAUUAAAAUCAAUGCUAAUACUGGUCAUUGGUCUAAACCAAUUCAUCCAUCUAUAUUUCAAAAUCGAACUUUUAAUUGGUACCGUGCACAAUUAUUAUUUUAUUUAAUGCGAUAUAAACCUGAAACAUUAACACACGUACAGAAUACCAUAGCAAACUAUUUCAAACCACCUUCAAUUGAUCUUCAUCAUCCAUAUAUUGCUGUAUAUGUGCGUCGAUCAGAUAAAGUUCGAAAUAGAGAAAUGUCUCAAGCAUAUACACUUAAGCAAUAUUUUGAUUUAUUUGAUACUGAUGUUCGACGAGCGAAUAUAAGCACAGUUUAUAUUAAUUCCGAAGAUGAACAAGUAUUCGAUGAAUUUUUUCAAAUCAAUAAAGAAAAACAAGGCUAUUAUAAAUUAUUAAAUAUAACAGCAGAAAGAAACGUUGUUUUUGCAUCAUUAGUUCAUAUGACAAAUGAACAACGUAGAAAAAUUGUAUUAGAAUUUCUUAGUGAUUUAUUUAUUGAAGCUAAUGCAGAUUUACAUGUUGGUACAUUAUCAUCAAAUUGGUGUCGAUUGGUUGAUGAAAUGCGUCUUGUACUUGGAAAAACAAUACCUUUUUAUACACCUGAACAAAGGUUUUUAAUGGAUAUGCGACGGUGA